CUUGUUUGUUUGAAAUUUGUCCAUUUCACAUUUCCGCAACUGACUCAGUGAGCACCCCCAAGUCCCCAACUCUCUCUCUCCUCAAUGGCGACGGAAUCCAUAGAACUCUGUAUUUGAACUCCUUAAACGCAACAUCGCCACCAUGGAAAGCAGCAGAAGAGACAACAAAGGUGGCGGUGGAGCUGCUGCCUCUUCGCCAUCAGCGCCGCUCAUAAAACCUGCAAAGUUUGCCGUGUACCAAAAUCCAGCCCUUUCGGCCGCCCUUACCUCCACCAGCCUCCGUCCCUCUUUAUCUUAUUUCCUCACUCUCUUCAUUCUCUCUUCCGCUUCUGCCGCCGCAUUCUUUGCUUUCUCUUCCAGGGAAUAUAGGAUCAUCGAAAAAUUUAAAGUCAGGAAUGUAUCUGAAGAGAUAGCUUAUCUAUUAGUCACAUUAGUGAAAAUUGCGAUGGGUUUAGCUUUCUUAGGAGCUUCUGCUACCCUUGUCAAAGCUAUUUCCCUUACGAGAGCUAAAGUUGGAGCUGGUGUAGUAGUCACAUCUUCCUCUAAUGGGACCAAGGUUGAAACUUGCCUUUCAGAUAAACAAUUGCGCCUACUAGGAGUAAAGAAGUCUGAUAAGGUUGUACCAGAGCUGUCCAGAAAACCACCUGUAUCCAUUUCACGGGCUUCUUUAUGGCCGCUUAUCCCACUCCAUCAACAUCAGCAACCCAGUAGUUCAAGUCGCCUAUCACGAGUUGGUUCUGAAAAGUCUAGCAGUACCCCUGUUAAGAGUAAAACAUUCGGUGUUUCUUCAAAAUCAUCCAAUUCUCCUACUUCUCAUGGUCUGUCUCCUACCUCACCCCAGCUGUCGACACCUUGGUCAAACAAGCGAGCUUCUCCGGCAAAAGAGAUUUUGACAGAAGACGAUUUUGAACAGUUUUUAGCAGACAUGGACAAGAAAAUCACUGAAUCAGCAGAGAAACUGGUAACUCCUCCUCCUACUAGAAAUGGUUUCAGUAUAAGCAGCCCUAGUACAAUUUCUGGUUCAGCUAAUACAUCUGGAACAACGAGAACAACACCCUUGAGGCCUGUUCGGAUGUCACCUAGUUCGCAGAAGUAUAAUACACCUCCGAAAAAAGGAGAAAGUGAUAUACCUGCUCCUAUGUCAAUGGAAGAGACAACUGAAGCUUUUGAGCAUCUAGGCAUCUACCCGCAGAUUGAGGAGUGGCGAGACCAUCUGCGGCAAUGGUUUUCUUCUGUUUUACUAAGCCCUCUGCUAAGUAAAAUUGAAAAUAGUCAUAACAAGGUAAUGCAAGCAGCUGCUAAAUUAGGAAUAUCAAUUAGAGUUACUUCAGUAGGUAGUGAUUCUUCUGAUACUGGAGCUCCUACCAUGUCUCCGUCAGAUCGUGCUAAGGAAUGGCAGCCAGCAUUCUCCCCGGAUGAAGAUGGACUUCUUCACCAGCUACGGGCUUACCUUGUGCAAGCUUUAGAUGCAUCCACUCAGAAGUUAGGUUCAGCCAAUCAGCAGCAAACCCCACAGCAGAAUUCAUUUCUUCUUAUCAUACAGGAGUGUGUGGACGCCAUCACAGAGCACCAAAGGCUGCUUGCUUUGACAAAGGGAGAGUUAAUCAAGGGUUUGCUACCACAAAGCAGUGUUCCAGCUGAAUAUACAGUGCAAAGAAUUAAGGAAUUGGCUGAAGGAACUUGCUUGAAGAAUUACGAGUACAUGCGAAAAGAAGUGGCUUCUGAUAAAGCAAAGAAGAAGUGGACUCUUGAGCUUCCAUCUGACUCACAUUUGCUAUUAUAUCUAUUUUGUGCUUUCCUGGAGUAUCCAAAAUGGAUGUUACAUGUUGAUCCGUCAUCCUACUCUGGAGCUCUGUCUAGCAAGAAUCCUUUAUUCCUUGGAGUUCUGCCUCCUAAAGAAAGGUUUCCAGAGAAGUAUAUAGCUGUAAUAUCAGUUGUCCCCUCAAUACUUCAUCCAGGAUCCUUUGUCUUGGUGAUUGGAAGACAAUGCCCACCUGUAUUCGUGAUGUAUUGGGAUAAAAAGUUGCAGUUCUGUCUUCAGGGAAGAACUGCACUAUGGGAUUCUAUCUUGGUUCUAUGCCACAAGAUUAAGGUUUCCUAUGGUGGGCUUGUUCGUGGUAUGCAUCUUGGCUCUUCUGCAUUGAGCAUCCUGCCUCUUCUUGAAUCUGAAGAGGACAAUUGAAUCUUGUCAUGGCUUUAAUUCAAUACAUUAUGAAGCCCCUCUUGCCAUAGCUUACUUUGUUUCACAUCCAGCUGAUGACAUACUACUUCAGUCAUUGUCGCGAUGCAGUUGUUUCGAGCAACACUUGAUUGUAGUUUUGUAAAAUGCUCUGCCUAGUUAAUUCGAGGAUUGUACAUUUUGCGUCUUUGUGUUAGUAGAUUAAUUGAGAAUUUUAGUGUUUGGAUAUAUAUACAAAAAUAAUCUCUUAUAUUAUAAAUAUAAAUUGAUGGGUUUCUAAUUCA